AUGACGGUCACUUUCCCCUACUCUUCCGCCCCCGUGCGGCAGAUCAAGGAGAUCCAGUUCGGUGUCAUGAGCCCCGAGGAGAUUAAAGCGUACUCGGUCGCAAAGAUUGAACACCCAGAGGUGAUGGAUGAGAACGGAAGGCAAAAGGUUGGAGGUCUCAUGGACCCCAAGAUGGGAACCAUCGACCGCAACUUCAAGUGUCAGACCUGUCUCGAGGGCAUGGCAGAGUGCCCCGGUCAUUUCGGCCACAUCGAGCUCGCCCGUCCAGUGUUCCAUGCCGGCUUCAUCGUCAAGGUGAAGAAGAUUCUCGAGUGUGUGUGUUACAGCUGUGGAAAGCUCAAGGUCGACACGCGCGACCCUGCUGUUCAAAACGUUGUUCGUCGCAUCAAGCCUCAACACCGUCUGAAGGCCGUUUGGGCGAUCGCAAGGCCCAAGAUGGUGUGUGAAGCCGACUCGCUCGAGGAGGAGAAUGGCGACAACACCAACGAGGACAUGUACAACGACGAGAACAAGCCGGGCAUGCCCAAGGGCCACGGCGGAUGUGGUGCCGAACAGCCUCAGUACCGCAAGGAGGCUCUCAAGCUCAUUGGUGUCUUCAAGCCGUCCAAGGACAAGGGCGAGGAGGGUGCCGAGCCCGAGAGGAGAAACAUGCCCGCCGCCGAGUGCUACAACAUUCUCAAGAAGAUUCCCGACGAGGACCUCCUCAUCAUGGGUCUCAACGCCGAGUUUGCGCGCCCCGACUGGAUGAUUCUCACUGUCCUUCCCGUCCCUCCCGCCGCGGUUCGUCCCUCCAUCUCGGUCGACGGUGGCUCCAUGCGUUCCGAAGACGACUUGACGUACAAGCUCGGUGAAAUCCUCAAGGCGAGCGCCCAGGUGCGCAAGCUCGAGGCCGAGGGUGUGCCGCCAAGUGUCGUCAACGAGCACUACGAUCUCCUCCAGUUCCACGUCGCGACUUACAUGGACAAUGACAUUGCCGGUAUCCCGCAGGCUCUGCAAAAGUCUGGCCGUCCCGUCAAGGCUAUCCGUGCUCGUCUGAAGGGCAAGGAGGGUCGUCUCCGUGGAAACCUCAUGGGCAAGCGUGUCGACUUUUCCGCUCGUACCGUCAUUACUGGUGACCCCAACAUUCAGCUCGACCAGGUCGGCGUGCCUCGCAGUAUCGCCAUGAUUCUCACCUACCCGGAGCGUGUGACACCAUACAACAUUGUCUACCUCCAGCAGCUCGUCAACAACGGUCCUGCCACCUACCCCGGUGCCCGCUACUACGUCAAGGACACUGGAGAGCGUAUAGACUUAAAGUACCGCAAGUCGGGCGAGCCCAUCUCUCUUCAGUUUGGCUGGAUCGUCGAGCGUCAUCUCAAGGACGGCGACUAUGUCCUGUUCAACCGUCAGCCCUCGCUCCACAAAAUGUCCAUGAUGAGUCACCGCGUCAAGGUCAUGAACUAUUCUACCUUCCGUCUCAACCUGUCCGUCACCUCGCCUUACAACGCCGAUUUCGACGGUGACGAGAUGAACUUGCACGUGCCGCAGUCCGAGGAGACUCGCGCGGAACUCAGCCAGAUCGCAUGGGUCCCCCGCCAGAUUAUCUCGCCCCAGGCCAACCAGCCCGUCAUGGGUAUUGUGCAGGACACUCUCUGUGGUGUGCGCAAGUUUACUCUGCGUGACUCGUUCUGCGACUGGGCGUUUGUCCAAAACCUGUUGCUCUGGCUGCCAGGAUGGGACGGUGUCGUCCCCCAGCCCGCCAUCUUCAAGCCCAAGCCCAUGUGGUCUGGCAAGCAGCUCGUUUCGAUGUGUAUCCCCAAGGGUAUCAACAUCACCUUCCGCAACAACGAGAAGCCGUCUUGGAUCGACAUUUCCGACGAAAACGUGCUCAUUGACAAUGGAGAGAUCAUCUUUGGCGCCAUCAUCAAGAAGAUGGCUGGUGCCCAGAGUGGUGGUAUCAUCCACGUCAUCUUCCGCGAGCUCGGGCACAUUGCCUGUCGCGACUUCUUCUCGGCAAUGCAGAUGAUGGUCAACUUCUGGCUCCUGCACCACGGUUUCAGUGUCGGUAUCGGAGACACCAUUGCCGACGGCACGACCAUGGCCGGAAUCAACAACCGUCUGGCCGAGGCCAAGACGACCGUCCAGGACUUUAUCAACGAGGCCGAGUCGAACAGGCUGAAGCCCAAGCCCGGUAUGACGAUCCGUGAGACCCUCGAGGCGCAGGUUUCCAACGAGCUCAACAAGGCUCGUGACUGGGCCGGUAAGACUGCCCAGGACAACCUGAAGGAGGACAACAACGUCAAGCAGAUGGUGGUGUCUGGUGCCAAGGGUUCGUUCAUCAACAUUUCGCAAAUGUCGGGUUGUGUCGGACAGCAGAUUGUGGAAGGAAAGCGUAUUCCCUUCGGUUUCCGUCACCGCACACUCCCCCACUUCUCCAAGGACGACUAUGGACCCGAGUCGCGUGGUUUCGUCGAAAACUCGUACCUGCGUGGUCUCACGCCCCAAGAGUUCUUCUUCCACGCCAUGGGUGGUCGUGAGGGUCUUAUCGAUACCGCUGUCAAGACCGCCGAGACUGGUUACAUUCAGCGACGACUGGUCAAGGCCAUGGAGGACCUCAAGGUCGGCUACGACGGUACUGUGCGCAACUCGAACGCGGACAUUAUCCAGUUCCUGUACGGUGAGGACGGCAUGGACGGCGCAGCGAUGGAGAAGAACUCGCUUGACAUCAUCCGUCUCUCGAACGCGCGCUUCGAGAAGAAGUACAAGGUCGACGUUAUUGGCGGUGCUGCCGGCUUCAAGGCUGGCAUCCUCCAGGCCGGCAUUGACCAGUCUUCGGGCGAGCUGCAGGACCUGCUCGACAUUGAGUACGGUCGCCUCGUUGAGGACCGCAGACUCCUCCGCGAGGAGAUCUUCACCGACGGUGCCUCGUCGCACCCACUGGCUGUCAACAUUUCGCGUAUUAUUCAGAAUUCGCAGCAAAUCUUCCACAUUGACCCGCGUGUCCCCAGCGACCUCGACCCCAUGUACGUCGUCGAGACGCGUGACGCUCUCUUCGACCGCCUUGUCGUCGUCCGCGGCAACGACUCGAUCUCGCUCGAGAGCCAGCGCAACGCCACUCUUCUGUUCGGUAUGCUUCUGCGCCAGUCCCUCGCGACCCGCCCCGUGCUCGAGGAGUACCACCUGAGCCGCGAGGCGUUUGACUGGGUCGUGGGAGAGGUCGAGCAGAUCUUCAACAAGGCUGUUGUGGCCCCCGCGGAGAUGGUCGGCACCCUCGCUGCCCAGUCCAUUGGUGAACCCGCCACGCAGAUGACGCUCAACACCUUCCACUACGCUGGUGUGUCGUCCAAGUCGGUCACCGGUGGUGUGCCUCGUCUCAAGGAGAUUAUCAACGUUGCUGUCAACAUUCGCACUCCUGCUUUGUCCGUUUACCUCGAGCCCCAGUACAGUCGUACGGAGCGCGACGCGCACGAGAUCUCGCGCAAGCUCACCCACACUCGUCUGCGUGACAUUACUGCUUCGGUCGAAAUCUUCUACGACCCCAAGCUCGACUCGACAGACAUUGAAGAGGACCAGGACUUUGUGGACGCCUUCUUUGCCAUUCCUGACGAGGACAUUCGUCUCGAGCUGCACUCGCCCUGGCUGCUGCGUCUCGAGCUUGACCGUCCCAAGGUGCUCGAGGGUGGUUACGAAAUGUCCGACAUUGUCGCUGCCAUUGUCAACACUGUCGGCAAGGACGUGUUCGUCAUCCACUCGGAAGACAACGCCGAAAAGCUCAUCAUCCGUAUCCGCAUCGUCGCGGCUGAGAAGGAGGAAGAGGACCUGCUCGGCGACGAGGACAUGUUCCUCAAGCGUAUCGAGGGUACUCUUCUCGACCAGGUCGAGCUCGGUGGUGUUCCCAACAUUACGCGUGUCUUCAUUUCAGAGGGCAAGACGACCCCGAUCUCAAAGACCGGCGAGUACGACAAUGGCAAGGAGUGGUUCCUCGAGACGGACGGUAUCAACCUCAAGGCUGUCAUGGCCGUUGACGGUGUGGACCCCGGCCGUACCUACUCGAACAACUGUUACGAGGUGUGGGAGACUCUUGGUAUCGAGGCUGGACGCAACUGUCUCUUCAAGGAGAUGACCAACGUUCUUGAGGCCGGUGGUUCGUACGUCAACUACCGCCACUUGGCGCUCCUCGUCGACCUCAUGUGCAACAAGGGUUCGCUCAUGUCCAUCACUCGUCACGGUAUCAACCGUACCGACGCUGGUGCGCUCUCGCGUUGUUCGUUCGAAGAGACUGUCGAGAUUCUGCUCGAGGCCGCAGCGGUUGGCGACGUCGACGACUGCCGCGGUGUCGCCGAGAACGUUCUGCUCGGCCAGAUGGCCCCCAUGGGUACCGGCGCGUUUGACGUGUCGCUCGACCUCGGCAUGCUCAAGGACGUCAUCGUCGACCACCGUCUGCCAGUCCAGAACAUGAUGCUCGCGAGCAACAUGGGCGGCAUGACUCCCGGUGGCAACAUGACCCCUUACGACAACCUGUCGCCCAUGUGGAACGGCGGCGGUGCUGUUGGCGGUGCCGCCUUCUCGCCUAUGCAGACGUCCAACAACGACGAGUCGGGCAACUAUGCCUACAUGAACUACGGCAUGUCGCCCAUGGCCGGUGGUAUGUCGCCUGCAGGCUACUCGCCGACCUCCCCGAUGGGCUACUCGCCCACGUCGCCAUUUGCCGUCACAUCACCUACCUACUCGCCCACUUCCCCCUUCCAGGGUGGUGCUUCGCCUUGGGUGCCCCGUGGUGCCGGCAACUACGGUGCGACGUCGCCGACGUACUCGCCCACCUCGCCGCAGUACUCUCCCUCGUCCCCGCAGUUCUCCCCCACCUCCCCGAGCUUUUCGCCGUCGUCGCCCACGUACUCGCCUGCCUCACCGGCCUACGCUGGCGGCAACCGCACGAGCCCAGGCUACUCGCCGGCUUCACCUGCGUACUCGCCCACAUCACCUAUGGGCGGUAUCACCUCGCCGCGCUAUUCGCCCACGAGCCCGCAGUACUCGCCGGCGUCUCCCGCGUUCUCCCCCACGUCCCCCGCGUACUCGCCCACGAGCCCGCAGCCCUUCCAGGCGACCUCGCCAAAGUACAGCCCCACGUCUCCGCAGUUCUCGCCGACGUCGCCAACGUACUCUCCGGCUUCGCCAGUGUACUCUCCCACGUCUCCGACGUACUCGCCGGCCUCGCCUGCCUACUCGCCGACGUCGCCCGCCUACUCUCCCACCUCGCCCCAGCAAGGUGGCCAGAACGGCGGUGCCAACCCCACGCAACAGCAGCCGCGUCCCGGUUGGGGUGCCACCAGUGGCGGCUACGCGUCGAGCCCUAGCUGGAGCAAGCGCGAGUAA